AUGGGUGCGUUGGCCAGGAAUCGAGCCCUAGCCACCCGUAUAGCAGCCGAACACUCUACCACUGAACCACCAACACUCGUAACACCUCCUUUCUUCGACAAUGGUCAGAAGCGAGUUGACACAAAGGGUGAUGUAAGACAUGUCAGCGUGACUCUAUGUCAGGCUGCGAGUGCACUACUGCUCUCUCUUUUUGGAAACGAUUAUUUUGCAGCAGCUGCAGUGUUUUUUGCAUUUCUUGAGAAAUUACUUCGUCGGUCAGAGAUUUGUUUUGUAUUACUUAUGAGAAAGGCUACUAUUAAACCGUGGAAAUUCAGCAAAGUCAAUUUGAUUGGAGAAAUAUCUCUCUAUGGGAGGUUUAGGCUUAUAACUGCAAUAUUCGAAAAAUCGCAUAAUAUGGUCAACAUGCAGAAGCGAGCAGCGCUGUUCGAAAUUCGGAGCGCGGCAAACAGCAUCCGGACUUGUGCGGUCAGAGCACAUUUGAUUUCUAGUCAAACUCCAUAA